AUGAAAAACCAAUCAGGUGCUUCCAAAUCUCCUCUUUCAACACCCCAACCGAAGGACAAAGGCAUCAAUCUCAAUUCUUCUGCUUCUCCAUCCAAUAUCAAAAUCAACGAGCCACCCUCAUUUUUGGAAAAUCAUAAUAAUCCUUGGUUCCAAGAAACAGUUGAGCCUAAGAAAAGGCCUAAUGGGAAUGGUAAAAAUAAGGUGAUAGAUCUUAGCAUGCAACGUCAUGGAAAGGAAUAUGAUGAUGAUCAGUCAAACAGCAAUGGCGUCAAAAAGUUUGUGGAAAAGUACUACAAGAAGAAUCCUGAUGAUGGUUGGACUGACGAAGAACAUGAGCUAUUCCUGAUGGGACUGCUGAAGUAUGGGAUAUCAAACUAUAGGAAAAUAUCCAAGAAAUAUGUCAAGACUAAAGAUCCUGAACAAGUUGAAAACCAUGCAGAACUAGUUUUCAAGACAAGCGGCCAAACGCUGAAAUCCUCCCCAAGAAAAGUACGAAGAACCGAAGCUAAGAUUGCAAUGGCCAAUGCUGCUGCAGCUAAUUUUGCUAGCAACUCCUACCUUGUGGUGCCUUAUGUUGCUGAUGCUGCCUCGGGAACCGAUGGGGUGGUCGAGGCUGAAACAGCCAACAAUAUUGUGGUUGAUCAAAUCGUAGGCACAACUACUCAUACUAGAACACUGGAGUUGUUCCCAACAUCACUUCCCCCACCAAGGCCAACCUUGAUCGUUUUCCCUGUGGUUGCAUCCGGUUUCACUGUUCGGUCCGGAACUGGAAGCUCAAAUGCUCCACCUAGUUACGCCUCCGAAAGCAACCGUCAGGAUAUGCCUAAUUAUGGCACCUUUGGUCCGAACCUUUUUCCUUCUCAUGGUGAUCAUCAACUUGAUUUGGAUCUCGCUUUGGGUUCACUAGAGAAAGUGAACUGGAGUUUUGAGGAGAACAAAAUGUUCGAAUACUCAAUCGCGGAGCUUGAUCCUGGCUCUCCUGAUUGUUUCGAAAGGAUUGCUGAAAGAAUUCCGGCGAAAACUUUGAAGCAGAUUGAAGAUCAUUUUCAAAUAUUGAUUGAAGAUAUUGAGAUGAUUGAGUCAGGCCGUAUCCCAUUGCCAAACUAUGGGACUAAUUCGGGUGAUAAAGGAAAAGGACCUAACAGUAACGACAAACCCAACCAAAGAAAGAAAGGGGUUCCAUGGACGGAAAAAGAACAUGAGUUGUUCCUGAAUGGAUUAAAGAGAUAUGGCAAGGGAGAUUGGAGAAGCAUUUCCAGGAACUGUGUUGUGACUAGGACCCCAUCACAAGUUGCAAGCCAUGCCCAGAAGUACUUUCUUCGCCUUCAAAACUCUGGCAAUACUGAACAUAAACAAAAGUAUAGUUCAACCUCGAGGCAUAGGAGGAGGAACUCAUCAUCAUCAACCUCAUCAACAACCAGUAAAGCAGCAGAAUCCAUGGCCGCUGCUCCCUCUCCACAGCUCUCUGUGCCCACCCCAACCUGUAAUGAAUUGGCUGCCAUCCCAUUUCCUCAAUUCUUUGGUGAUCGAGAUGUUCCUUCUUCUGUCACAGACCGAACUUUUGCUGCAUUUCCUCCCGAUUUGGACCGCCACUAUUAA